AGCAGCAGCGAGGGAGGAAGAGGAGCGGAGCAGAGGAGGCAGGUGUCUCAACAGUGAACGAGAGAGCGAGCGAGCGAGCAUGGCCGGCUGGAACGCCUACGUCGACAACCUGAUGGCCGACGGCACGUGCCAAGACGCGGCCAUCGUGGGCCACAAGGACUCGCCCUCCGUCUGGGCCGCCGUGCCGGGCAAGACCUUCGCCAACAUCACGCCGGCAGAAGUCGGAGUGCUGGUGGGCAAGGACCGGUCAAGUUUCUACGUGAACGGGCUGACGCUGGGCGGCCAGAAGUGCUCCGUGAUCCGGGACUCGCUGCUGCAGGACGGGGAGUUCACCAUGGAUCUGCGCACUAAGAGCACCGGAGGGGCCCCCACCUUCAACCUCACCGUCACCAUGACCGCCAAGACGCUAGUUCUGCUCAUGGGCAAGGAGGGCGUCCACGGCGGCUUGAUCAACAAGAAAUGCUACGAGAUGGCGUCCCACCUUAGGCGUUCCCAGUACUGACCCCUGCCCCUAACCCCCCUCCGGUUCCUCCCACACCCCCAGCCGCUUCUGCACUCCUCCUGUCCCCCCCGGCUCCCCUCCUCUCCCCCCUGACCACCACCACCACCACCCGCCCCGCCGCCGCCACCCCGACCCCCUCAUCGCUGCCAAAACCACGCGGGAGUCCCGGGCUGGCCCCUCAUUCCGCCCCUCGCCGGCCGCCGAGACCCGGGCCCUACCACUCGCCCCCCCCCUCCCCUGUCCCCCAGACCCCCCGUGUGUGGUUGGGAAGAUUAUUAUUUUUUUUUUUUUUUGAGAGAAAAAAAUACAUUUUUGGUUUUUUUUUUGUUUGUUUUUUUUUUCCUGGAAACUUAUAUUGGAAUAUGAAUAAAACCAGAUUCUACUAAA